AUGACAACCAACACAACUACACCCACCACAUCCACACAAACCACAACCACGAAAACCACAUCCACUACAUCUGCAGACAUCCAUGUAUUAAGCUUCUCACUGGCGAUAAAUGAAGAAUUUGACUUUGCACUCACUGAUCAACGUAGUGCAAAGUACCAAGCAUAUAAAUCAAGAAUUGAAAGUUCAAUUGAUGAUAGUUACAGAAAUGUACCUACCUACCAAGCCAAAUCUGGGAGAGUGACCGGAUUCAGGCCUGGCAGUGUGGUGGCAGACUUUACCAUUAAAACAACAAGUGAUAACCUUAAUUUGGUAUCAGCAAACCAACAGCUUGCUAGCAAUCUCCAUUCAUGGGGAUUUAAUGUGAGCGAUACUGCAUUCAGUCAAAGUGUGAAAGAUGGACUAUAUAAGAACAGUGGCAAUAUAUAUCCUGGGACAAAUCUCACACUGACCUGCAAUCCUCCCGUGAAUAAUGGCAUAAUAUGGACCAUAAAUGGGAAUAAACUACAGCCAUCGGAUAAGUAUGUCAUUAAUAAAACUGGACUCACUGUGAAUAAUGCCACUCCCAGUGACAGUGGUGAAUAUGCAUGCACAACCACAGUAAACUCAACACCCUAUGUUAUCUGGCAAGCCAUUACAAUUCAUCCGUAUCCUGAUAUCCAAGUGAGCCGUGACAAAGUUGUAAAAUGUGAGGAUUCGGUAAUCACACUGCAGUGUUGUGUUCAGGGGAAAUACAAAGUAAAAUGGACUGACCCUGUAGCUUGCAACUCAACUUCAACAGUCACACCGAAAGGCUGCACAUUAUGUGAAUAUAAAAUUAACAAGCAGGACUGCCAGUCGACAGACAAAGUAAUAAAAGUCACAUGUCAACUCACAUCACCUAUCAAUGGAAGUACUACUCAACAUUACAAUUCAAAGAGCAUCAAAAUAGAUGUCAAAAAAAGAGCAUUUACCUGCUCUGACAGUCUAUUUGGAGCUGGAAAUCUGGGAGACGAACACAUUGGUGACUGUAAUGGAAAAAUGGUUGGCUCUCAAAAGGCUAAGUGUAAUUCAUCAGGCCUCUGGCACCUCAUAGAAAACAACUGUAUCCUGCGCAUCAUUCAAAAUUUAAAAGAUGAAGCUCAGAAUUUACAGGUACCAGGCAUCCAAGGCUUUAUGGGAAAUAUCAUCAGUAAUACUAUAGAAGAGACUGAAACCAUAAUUGAAUCUCCAGCUACCAUAUUAACAAUUGUAGAAAUACUGACAAUCGUUUCCAAUCUCUCACAAACAGUUUUAAUCAGUCAACCCGUUAUGAUGGACUUCCUGAAAACAACUGAUGUAAUUGGAUCUGUAGGUGCACGGGACACAUGGAUGCAUUUAAACAAAAACAGUACAGCCAUGAAUGCUAGUUCUGAACUUCUGAAGUCUAUUGAGAGCAUUGCCCGCAGACUCAGGGAUGAAAACUUCAACAUAACAACAAACUACACGUCUCUCAGUAAAACUCACAUUACUUCACCCUUUUCUGGCACAUUUGGUAUGAAUUUAACUACCCAAAUAAAUUUACCUAUGAUUUGGGAGCCAACUUUCAUCACAGUGAUCAUUUCUUCUGCUCUUGAAAAUGCCUUACCUGUUCGAAAUCUGGCCAAUAAUGAUGGCACUGAAACUGGCACAAGGAUCAAUGGAGAUAUAGCUCUGAUUGAGACAAAGUCAACAAUCAAUAAUAUUUCCUUUUCUUUUGAUAUCAAAAAUGUGACACUGGGAAACCCUCAAUGUGUCUUCUGGAACUUUAGUCUUCUGAAUGGCAUCGGGGGAUGGGACACAACUGGAUGUCAACUAAAGCCAUUAGGGAAUGAAUCUGAAAGAUUUACAUGUGAGUGCAAUCACACAACCUCUUUUUCAAUCCUGAUGUCACCAUUUGCCCUGAAAAAAAGCUUAGCCAUAGUCUUAGGCUACAUAACUUACAUUGGUGUUGGCAUUUCCAUGGGUAGCUUGGUUUUGUGCCUCAUCAUUGAAAUCCUUAUAUGGAAAUCAGUGACAAAAAAUGACACAUCCUGUAUCCGUCACGUCUCCGUCGUCAACAUCGCGGUCUCCCUUCUGAUUGCGGACAUAUGCUUCAUCAUUGGAGGAGCCGUUGUAAAGAAAGGAGUGGGACCCUGCAGUACAGCGACAUUCUUCAUGCACUUCUUUUAUCUCGCCCUUUUCUUCUGGAUGCUGCUGUCAGCACUCUUACUCCUCUACCGCACCCUCAUGGUCUUUUCCAGAAUGUCCAGAGGCACAAUGAUGGCCAUAGCCUUCACUGUUGGCUAUGGUGCACCAUUAAUCAUAGCUGUCGUUACUGUGGCAUCUACAGCUGGAAGCAAAGGAUACAUUCAAAAAGAUCACAAUUGUUGGCUGAACUGGAAUAAAACGAAGGCCCUCCUGGCAUUUGUGAUUCUUGCUCUGACUAUUGUAGCUGUGAACCUGUUGGUACUUAUUGUGGUUCUGUGUAAGAUGUUAAGGAGAGGAAUUAAUGCUUCCAUUCAGCCAGAUGAGAAACAUCCCCUAGUGGUCAUUGUGAGAUGUGUGGGGGUUUUAACACCUCUCUUUGGUCUAACAUGGGGAUUCGGCAUUGGGACCAUGGUGUCAUCAGACUUUGGGAUUCAUGUGGUGUUCGCCUUCCUUAAUUCACUGCAGGGAUUCUUUAUUUUGCUGUUUGGAACAUUCCUGGACAGUAAGGUCAGACAAGCACUGGCAGGAAAGCUGGGAUCAAGGAACCAGACCACGAGAAUGAGUGCAGGACCUUCAUCCUCAAGUGGACUUCCUUUCAUUCAGAAAUCAUAA